AUGACCUGCAUGGUGUGCACCUUCGCGGCGACAAAUUACGUGCGCUACGCUGCGGUGCGCUUCCUUGCCGGGGCCAGUGUCGCGGUACACACGAUUUUUACCUGCCUCAUACCGUUCGAGGUGAUGACGCACGCGCACAGGCCGCAGCAAGUGCUCCUCGUGGCGGCUCUGGGCCUGGCGUUAUGUGAGGUUUGGAGUGUCAUCAUCAAACCCAUGGUCAUCAACUGGCGUCUGAAGCAGGUCAUGUUCCUGGCCCCGACAGCUCUCCUGCUCCCGGCUUUGUCUACCGCCCGAGAGUCGCCUCGUUGGCUCGUCGCGAAAGGAAGACUGGACGCGGCCGAAGCAGUCAUGAUGCAGGCUGCCGAAACCAACAAUACCCCACUUCCUGUCACUGCCUGUCUCGUGGAGAAACUGAGAGAACAGAUGAAGAACCACGCAAGUCGCGAUGGUUCGGACACGGAAGACUUGGUCGACUAUCGCUCCCUCCGGCGUCGAGCGUUGGCCAUGUUUGCCGUUUGCUUCUCCAUAUCUUUUGUUUUCUACCUCGACGUCUUCUCGACAGCGCAGUAUAACGAAUUUUGGAUCCCAUGCCUCACGGUUGUCGUCACACUCACGACAUACGCGGGGAUGCACUUCCUGAUGACCGGCGUCGCACUCGUCAGAGUGCUCAGCGUCUGCUUCCUAUUGACAGGCUCCAUACAAUGCGCGCUGAGUGUGACGGUCGGUGCUGGAUACGUCACGAUCAGCAAGACCUUACUCGUCCUGUCCAAGGGCGUCUCAAACGUAAUCCUUAUACACUGUUUCACCUACGUCCUGGAACUCUUUCCAUCCGCAGUGCGCGCCGGUGUCGCCUGCUGGGCAUUCGCCUUCGGGCGUGUCGCGGCCAUGUGCGCGACAAUGACCCUCAUCCUGAAGCCAGCUGGACACGAAGACCUGGUGUUCGCCGUUGCGGGACUUUUCCUCUUCGUCUCCUUGCUCGUCAUCCGGCUCCUUCCACGGACGACAGUGGUGGAAGAAGCACGAAUCGUGUCCAGACACUCUUCAUACUUCACCAGGAUGUCCAUGAAUUACAUGAAACUAACCCUCGUACAGAGGAUAUUACGCAAUAAGUCCAAGACCGGAAGCGUGGAGAGCUCCAAGUCAUCCAGCAAGAAGAGCGGGAAAAGUGGUGGCAGCAAAAGUCCUGGAAGUUUUAAAGAGUCUCGUCGAUUUCGAACCGAGGAAAUCAUGGAAUGA